AAGGUGCAGCCUGAUUUAUAAAAACCUCCCUAGCCCAGUGCUCCUCACCACUGUUGUGCAUACUCCGGGCGUCCCACACUUCUGUGAAGAGGGAACAUUCACCGUGGGUCAAACAGAGCAGCUGACCCGGGAUAGUAGCCAUGGUCUAAACCAUUAAUGCAGAAGGAGGAGACAGCGGAAGCGCAGGGCUGGGGAGGCGCUGCCCUAGACCUCCCUUGUCUCCUGAAGGUGAACGUAGUUUGGCAGGAUGACUAAGCUGGAAGAUCACCUGGAGGGAAUCAUCAACAUCUUCCACCAGUACUCCAUCCGGCUGGGGCAUUACGACACCCUCGUCAAGCGUGAGCUGAAGCAGCUGAUCACAAAGGAACUUCCCAACUGCAUCCAAAACACCAAAGAUCAACCUACCAUUGACGAAAUAUUCCAAGAUCUGGAUACCAAUAAAGAUAAAGAGGUCAGCUUUGAGGAGUUCAUAGUCCUGGUGUCCAGGGUGCUGAAGACAGCCCACGAAAAUAUCCACAAAGAGUAGGAAGCUCCUUCCAGCAAUGUCCCCAAGAAGACUUUCCCUUCUCCUCCCUGAGGCUGCCUUACCUAAGGGAAGAGAGAAUUAAUAAAUGUACUUUGGCAAAGUUCUUCGCA